GCCUCUCAAGAUGUCAACAGAAAUUCAAACUGCACCAGAUUUGGGAGUAAAAUUUAGCAGAAGGGUUCAUGAAUAUGGAAGAGAUCAAGAUCAAUGUGAAAUACAGAUGUUGGACGAAGAAAACCCAUACUCUGUUCCAGACUUACAACAAACUGAAAAUAACAACCAGAAGAACCUCCCAGCUGUGAAAAGAAACAGUUUCAGAGUUUUCAACGUGUUCCUGGGAGUGUUUUAUCUCCUUGUUCUGGUUGGACUCAUCAUACGCUGUAUCCCUUUGGAACACAACCAGCUGCAGAGGGAACACGACCAACUAAAUACCAGUUACAGUCAGCUGCAAGUCAAAUACAACCAACUGAACAACAAUUAUAAUCAGCUCAAAAAUGAACUUGAUGGUAUCCCUUUGGACAACAACCAGCUCCAGAGGGAACACGACCAACUAAAUACCAGUUACAGAGAGUGUCCUGAUGGAUGGAGAAGAUUUGGAUCCAGUUUUUACAAAAAAUUCACUGAGAGUAAAACUUGGUCUGAGAGCAGGAGGGAGUGUGAGAAAAGAGGAGCUGAUCUGGUGAUCAUAAGCAGCAAAGAGGAGCAGGAUUUUGUGGGACGACUGUACCCAAAUGAAACCUCCUGGAUUGGUCUGAAAGCUGAAUGGUCGACUAGGAAAGAGGAACUUGAAUGGAAAUGGGUGGACGGAUCACCACUGAAAAUAUCGUUCUGGGAUGCAGAAUGGUCUCAACAUCAGUACAACCAUUAUGAAUAUGCUGCAGUGUGUUGUACUAAUGAAGGGAAAUUAACAUAUUUACUUCACACUUACAAGAAAAACUGGAUCUGUGAGAAGAAAAUACAAGAUUUCAUUGUUGAAUCCUGAUUAGCUUCAGAUAACAUUUGGUCACUUUCAUUUAUUGUGUUUGAUGUGUCAUUUAUAAAUGUGGUUAUUCUGAACUUCAUCAUGUGUACAGGGUAGUGAAGCUGUCAUCAGAACUACAGGAGAACUUGAUAAUGCUGGAAUAAAAUAUAAUGAUUGUAAAUAAGUAUAAAUGCAGCCUUACUUCACUUGUGUUUUUUAAUUAAUGUGUGAGGAAUGAAAAGUUAUCAGUUAAAAUAAUUGUCUUUAUUCUGCUACAUUUACAUAAACAUUUGUCCUCUUGCUUCAUUUUCCCAAAACCAUAAGAAAAGAUAUAAACAAAAUGAAAAGUGUAUUUCAGGAACAGAGGAAAAAACAUAAAUAUACAAGGAAACUUGACAACAGCUGUUGAAUUACAUGUUCCUGCAGGACACAGAGUCUGAAGUUACAAUUUGUUAUUUUUGUCAGUUUGACAUCAAGUUUAUAAUAUUUUUACUCGUAAUGAUCAAAGAUUUGUAAAUAAA